ACUCGAGAUGUUCCGCAACCAGUACGACACGGACGUGACGGUGUGGAGUCCGCAGGGCCACCUGCACCAGAUCGACUACGCCAUGGAGGCCGUGAAGCAGGGCAGCGCGUGUCUCGGACUCACGUCCAGCAAGUUCGCGGUGCUCUGCGGCAUCAAGCGCCAAAGCCUGGAGCUGGCCGAGCACCAGAAGAAGGUCUUCAAGAUCGACGACCACAUGGGCAUCGCCAUCUCGGGGCUCACGGCCGACGCGCGCACGCUGGCGCGCUUCAUGCGCACAGAGAGCCUCAACCACAAGUUCGUCUACGGCAGCGCCAUCACCGUGGGGCGCCUGGUCUCGGACGUGGCAGACAAGAAGCAGGAGUGCACGCAGUCCUACAUCCGCCGCCCCUACGGCGUCGGGCUGCUGGUGGCGGGCGUCGACAAAAAAGGCGUGCACCUGUACCAGACGUGUCCGUCGGGCAACUACUACGAGUACAAGGGCAUCGCCAUUGGCGCGCGGUCGCAGUCGGCGCGCACGUACCUGGAAAAGCACUUUGAGAGCUUCUCCAACUUGGGCAAGGACGAGCUCAUCCACCACGCGCUGCAGGGCGUGCGUGGCUGCCUCCAGGGCGACCAGGAGCUGACGGCCAGCAACGUCACCAUCGCCGUUGUGGGCGUGGACCAGCCGUUCCAGAUCAUCGAGGGCGCGGAGCUGCAGCCUUACAUUGACGCCGUGGAGGUGUCUGAUGUGAAGGAAGACGAGGACGGAGACGCUAAGAUGGAGGAAUAAGCGCGAGACAGAGAGCAAUUCUUAGCUCAGCCGGUGGUUCAAGAUCGUGAAAAAGAUUGCAGCAGGUUACCAUCUCUAUCUCAUGGUUAAGCCAGGCGGGCGCUUGCUGUGACUUUACGGAUCUCUCGCGUGCCUAGCUCUCAUAAAGGCUAGCUAGCUGGCAAGGAAGUGAGCAAACAGCAAAUGACAGCGCAGAACUAACUUCCUGCAGAGAGAAACACGCAACCAGUUUGAAAGAC